AUGAACAUAUUCCGACUCGGCGGCGACAUGCUGCAUGUUGUCUCCAUCUUCCUGCUUCUUCUCAAGAUCCAAACCUCUCAUUCCUGUGCAGGUCUCUCUCUCAAGACCCAAAUUCUCUACAUGGUCGUCUUCAGCACCCGCUAUCUCGAUCUCUUCUUCACAAAACCCUGGCAUUCCGCUUUGACUUUCUACAACACCAUCAUGAAGAUCCUCUUUCUCUCCUCGUCUGCAUACACCAUUUAUCUCAUGCAGAAGCGCUACAAACACACUUACGAUAAGGUUCACGACACGUUCCGAAUUCAAUAUCUCAUCGCCGCUGCCGCCGUGCUUGCGCUCAUCUUCCAUCUUCGUCUCACUGUGUUUGAGAUCCUUUGGGCCUUUUCUGUAUUCUUGGAAUCUGUCGCCAUCCUUCCGCAGCUUUUCUUGCUACAGGAAACCGGCGAGGUCGAGAAUAUCACAUCGCAUUACAUCUUUUGUCUUGGCGGGUAUCGGACACUCUACAUUUUCAACUGGGUGUGGAGGUACUUCACAGAGCAUCGUAGAAACCAGUGGCUGGCCUGGGGUUGUGGCACUGUUCAGACUCUCAUUUACGCCGACUUCUUCUAUUAUUACAUCUUAAGUCGGAAGCAGGGAAAGAAGCUCCGUUUGCCUCCAUAAGCUCAAAUUACCCACAUCGGUUUUUGGGUUUGUAAACAAACAAACAUUCCUGUA